AUGGUUUCCCUUAGGAAGAAAAAGCAUCAGAAAUUGGUCCUCAGUAUUACGAUAUAUGAAGCAAAAGAUCUGUUACCACAGUCACAACUCCUGCCAACCGUGUUUCGCUGCAAUCCGAGGUGCUAUGUCAAGUUGCCGCCAUUUGCAUCUUUCAAAACAGCUCGAAGUAAGGAUGUAUCCAACCCACAUUGGAAUUCCACACAAAAGUUAAAGCUCAGGACUCCUCCAUCGAAUGUGACUGAAAAGGAUUUGGGAAAAUUACCAGCGACGGCUUUCUUGAUACUAGUUUUGGAAAUAGUGGACAGCAAGGGAUCUAAAAGAAGUUAUUUUGGAGAGCUUCGACUGUCUCUUAUUGACUUAUUGGAACAAUUGAAAAACAAACUCGAGAUCGGACCUAAGUGGUAUAAGCUUUAUUCCUCUGAACGAGAGCAGACUUUUGUCACGGGAUCUGUACGAUGCAAGUUCACGUUGUCCAGCCAACGCAAAAGGCUUAGCAGGAAAUCACAGAGUUCCCCAAAAGUUGUGACUGAGUCGGAACUUAACUCAAAUGAAGUUGAUUCCGAAGAAGAGUAUGAUGAGUCUGAUGACGAAUUGGUACCUCCCACUCCACUACCAGAAUCUUCCCCCUCGCAGACCAAUGAGGAACUUGUCAAGUAUAUUAGAGAGCUACAGAACUUCUAUGACAAAUUGAAGACGUUUGGAAAGGACCCUCUCAAACUGAUUAGGAUCAGCGAGCAAAAUUUCUAUACCGACUAUUCCUCCGGUCUAAUUCUUCCUUCACCCGAGGGGUUUGCCGGUUUAGAUUUACAAGACGAAUCUAGUGAUGAGGAACAGCAGGAACUGAAAUUUUCCAGACAAAACCUACGUGCCUCGGAAUCAAAUAGCUCGAUUUAUUCCUCAAUGGAAGAUCUGAGCAAUUACACAUCUCCUGCUUCCUUUUCUGAUUUGCCGUUAACACCACCCACUUCUUCUUCCUUGGCAUCGGAAAGGAGAUAUAGGUUUCGAAAGCUACGAGGAGAGCGGUCAAAGCCAAACUAUGAAUUCACAGCCGGCAAGAAUUUCGUUGGGAUGCUUUUUGUCGAGAUUAUUUCUGCAUCAGGAUUGCCACCCUUACACAACUCAACUAGAACAGGCUAUGACAUGGACCCAUUUGUGGUUAUUUCUUUUGGUACGAAAGUUUAUCGAACGUCUUGGAGAAAGCACACACUGAAGCCCAUUUUCAACGAAAGAUUGGCAUUUGACAUUUUAGAGCAUGAAAAAACCUUCAAUAUAAAUUUUAACAUUUUGGACAAAGACUACUGGACUCUCAAUGAUCCAGUCUGCGAAGGAUCUGUUCCCGUGAAACUUCUCAUGACCGAACCGCUGUCCACUUCGGACAUCAAAUUGAUAAAGAAGGAGGAGGAGGAAGACCUGAAGUACAAGAAAAAACUGUUUGGUCGAAACCCAAAAAGAAACUUGAGUAACAUCUACGAUGAGAGCUUGAAGACUUUGGAAGUCAAAAUGAAUCUGUAUCCACAUUGGAAGGAAAAAUAUGGCAAAAUUCAAAAUGUUGACCCAAAGUUGAAGAUUAGAGUAAAGUUUGAAUCCUAUGCCAAUUUGAGACAGCAUUUGUUCAGACUUCUUCUCAAAGAAUAUCAGACUGAUGGUUCUUCAGAGAUGGACAUAAUUGAGCUUGGAUCUUUCCUCGACUCCAUAGGAUCCAAUAUCGAGGAAGAAGACGUGAUAGAGUGUUUUGACAGACACGGGAAAAAAGCUUGGCAUGGUGACAAACUAACUUUCGACGAAAUUAUCGAAGACUUUGAGACAACUUUUGAGAGAAUGGAGCAACAUGGAUCCAACUCAUGCAAGCACAUCAUCCAAAUUGCCAGGUGCCCGUCUUGCCUAAAACAGGCAAGAGUUCAUGGCGAUUCUGAUAUAAUAAAACAUCUGGCUAUCUGCUGUUCUAAAGAUUGGUCCUCAGUUACGCGAAUGCUGAAACCUUCUUUUACUACUCCUUCGUCGGCAACCAGAAGAUGGUAUACUAAAGCCCUUAUCAAAAUUGCAUACGGGAAAAUAGAGUUAGGGAAAAACAACGCCAACAUUUUGGUGCAAGAUAGAAAUACCGGUCUGAUAAUAGAGGAGAGAAUGAAUGUUUAUGUGCGGUUAGGCAUAAGACUUCUUUACAGGUCGUUCAAAGGGAAAAGAAAUAGUGAUCGAAUCAAAAGAAUUCUCAGGAACCUAAGCAUAAAGCAAGGAGCCAAAUUUGACAGCCCCUCCUCAAGAAACAAAAUUGAAUCUUUCAUUAAGUUCCACAGUAUAGAUAUGUCCGAGUAUCUGAUUGAAGACUAUACGAAGUAUCGCACAUUCAACGAAUUUUUCUAUCGAAAACUCAAACCAAACUUAAGGCCUCUCGAAGGCGCCGACUCUCGGUACGCGGUCAGCGGCGCAGACUGUCGUUGCUGUGUUUUUCCAACCGUUGAAAAAUCGAAGGAAAUUUGGAUCAAAGGAAGAGAUUUCACGCUCCAAAAGCUGCUUGGCUCAAAAUUUGACCACACCCUAUAUGAAAAUGGGUCAAUUGUUAUAUUUAGAUUAGCUCCUCAAGACUAUCAUCGCUUUCAUAGCUCUAUCAAUGGCACCAUUACAAAAACAGAGAAAAUUGACGGCGAGUAUUACACUGUGAAUCCGAUGGCCAUUCGAUCAAAAUUGGAUGUUUAUGGAGAAAAUUCAAGAGUCAACAUCGAGAUAGACUCUCCUGAAUUUGGGAAAGUCAUCAUGAUUUGUGUAGGAGCCAUGAUGGUUGGUUCCAUUGUGCUGACGCGAAAAGUAGGAGACGUGUUGAAAAGAGGAGACGAAGUUGGAUACUUCAAAUUUGGAGGAUCUACAGUACUAUUGUUGUUUCAAAGGGGUAGAAUUGUUUUUGACUCAGAUCUGGUAACUAACUCUGAAAAUUCGACGGAAACACUAAUUCGGGUUGGUAUGUCCAUUGGACACACACCUGAGAUUAAAGAGUUUCCACGUGAACAUACAGAUUUGGACAAAGAGCCAGAGGAGACAAGAUUGCGCAUCAUCAGAACCCUCACUGGAAAACCAAUUGGGGACUCUUCUGAGAGUCUUGGCAAUUGGGAAGUUCAAAACCUUGAUUUGGAAGAUGCCGUGAAUAUCGAUUUGGAAGAUGAGGUGUCGGAUAUUAGCUCAUAA